AUGUGGACUCCAACAAAAACAAACAAAUAUGGAGUUGUAAUAUACAACUGGCAUGGAGAUAAUCCUUAUGGGUUACAUCUUGAAAUUGGGGACACUGUCCAGAUCCUCGAACAAUGCUGUGGUUGGUUCAGAGGAUUUGUUACUAAAAAUCGAUCUGUUAAGGGUAUAUUUCCAUCUACAUACAUCCAUUUGAAGCCGUGUCGUGUUGAAAAUGAAGGAACUUUUGAAACAGCUAUACCAUUGGAAGAUAUGGUUGUCCGAGAAGUAUCAUUGGUUUUACGUGAUUGGAAUUGUAUUUGGAAGUCAUUAUAUGUGGAACGGGAAACAUAUAAAUUUAUUACAUUACGAAAAGUAAUGCGAGAGUUACUGGAAUGGAGAAAACAAUUAUUAACUGGAACAUUAACUCAAGAUCAAACAAGAGAAUUGAAAUUAAAAACAACUGCAAAAAUUGAUUGGGGAAACAGGUAA